AUGGCGAGCCCCACGGCUGGCGGCGUCAAGCCCAUGGGGGAGAUCAUCGGCGGCGAUGCGUCUUGCACCGACCAGAUCAAAAACACGUGGUUGCACAUGGCGGCGGUGCAGACGUACAAGCAGCUGGGCAAGCCCGAACGCUUCCAGUCCGACCCGCCCGCUGCAGUUUGCCUCCGCGACAUGCCUCUCCAGUACGCGGAGCAAUCUGUGACCAUCAAGCAUUUGGUGGACUGGGUGGCAGUGGAGGAUGGCGCCGUGGACCACUUGGACAGCGUCGACGUGUACGACGCCAUGUGCGGGGGUAACUACAUGGCGCUGCCUCCGCCAUUCAAGCCGAACAAGGACCCAGGAGAAAUCGCUUUUACCAUGCAGCUUUACAUAUUGCCGAAGGACCCCAACGGCGACCAGCACGUCCUCAAGUACGUCAGGUUCCAGGACAAGGUUCGGACCGACAUCGCCAAGGAGAUCUUCGUCGCGGGCACGGCGCUCUCCGUCCAUUGGGGGAACUCGAAAGACAUACGUACGCCGCUCAAGCUCUUCCUUUACAUGAUGGAGAGGUUGGGCGGGGUGCAGAUCCGCCAUUGGGCCCAGCCGUCCGUGGUCGCAGCCAUUGCGGGUGGCGGCUACGACAAGGGAAAGCGAACGGCUGGCUUCCGUUUCAUAGAGGAGUACGGCCCGAAGGCGAACAAACGCAACCAGUUCGUGGAGUGGACCGACGAGAUGAUUCACGACGAGAGCUCGCCGAUCUUCGGUUGGCAAGCGUCUGAAGUCAAGGAGUCGCUCCGCAAUUACGCCGCGGGUUCUGCUGGUGCGAAGACACUCGAGCGUUGGGCGAGCCACGACGUGCACGGGACCAUGUGGAUCGGCAAAACGAGGGUCGGCAAAUCCACUGCGUCGAAGACCAUCGGCUUCGCGAUCUCAGCCUACCAAGUAGACAAGAGAGAUCGUGCCGACCUCCGCCCGAGCAUCGCCACGACCAAGAAGAUCGACUUCUUGCGCCUCGAGCCUGGGGCCGUGUUCAAGCCCGCCAUCGCGGACGACACUGCCCUCGCGAAGUGGCCCCCCGACGAGAUCAAGGCAUUCCUCGACCCUGCCGAGGAGGACGCGCUGCUGUGGGCGAGGUGGGGUGGCGCCUCCUUCGAGCAGAACCAGUCUCGCCAGAUCUGCGUCAACCCGUACAAUGACGAGUUCGAGAGGUCGGUCCGUUCCAUCCGCCUUGACAAGGAAGAGGUCGCAUUCGCAGACUUCCUCAAAAUCAUCGAAUGCAAUUUCGAUGGCGAGAAGCAGGGGAGCUACCAGAUGGCGGACGUGGAGGCGUACCUCGCGAGGUCCAACAUAGUGCUUCUCACUGAGGGCUGGAUGUACAUGCGUUUGGCGUCCACGACAAAGGAUCCAGCACCCCGCUUCCCAUGGCCAGUUCCAGAGAAGCCAGACCUCUUUACGCCCGAGACCACCCCUAUCCUGAAGCGCUUCAAGAAGGACCAGACUUUCGCGCCGCCCGACUACGACGUGACCAUGAAGUGGGCCGUGGCCGCCAUGAAGAAACUUGCCCGCGGCGAUGACAUCGGGCGUUCGUCGACGGUCCGCGGCCCCAUGCUUUUCAACCAGGAGGCGCCCCCGAGGUACAAUUUCCCAGAUUUGGACAUUGACUUGGACGUCGCCAGCGCAGCCGCGGCCCCCGCGCCCGCCCGUCCAGUUAACCCAGAUGAAGAUGACGAAGCCUUCGGCCACGGCGCGGGCGCGGGCGCCGCCGCCGACCCAGCCGAAGAACCAGACGCGUUCGGCUUCGGCGGCGGGAUGGACGGCGACGAGGCCCCCCCCGCAACGGAUGCCGCUUCGGCGCCGCCCGCGGCUCAGGUGCCCAUCAAGCGAGAGCCAGGGGCUUUCCGCUUUCGGCUCAAGAGCGCAGAGGGUCGCGGCGUCAUCGAUUUGAGCACGCCGACCCCCAAGAAGAGGCGCUCGUCCAUCGAGGAUGAGUUGGCGCAGCUUCUCGACGAGGACGGGGUAGUUGGCACCGCCGCGGCGAGCUCGACGGAUGGCCAGCCGACGGCGGCGCGCCAGUGA